AUGCAGCCUUCCCUGCGCCCACCAGAGACGACGCUCGCCGCGCCAGCAGCUUCCGCCGCAGGUCGCUCUUGUCCACAUAGAUGCGCCGCUCCCUGCCGCCCGUCCUCGCCGCCCUCUCACGCCGCACCCGCUGCAGCGGUGCCGCCGCGCGCAGCGUGGCAUCCACUGCGAGGCGCACCACCUGGCGAGGAUGGGAGGGAAGGGAAGGGGCGCGGGGGAGACGGUGUUGAGGGCGGUGGGUGGGCACACAGAGGUGAGGAGCACGCACUGGUGCUUCUUACCAUCGCAACCCACCUGGCGGCCAACUGCCUGACCCACCUGGCGGCCAACUGCCUGACCCACCUGGCGGCCAACUGCCUGACCCACGUGGGGGCCAACUGCCUGACCCACGUGGGGGCCAACUGCCUGACCCACGUGGGGGCCAACUGCCUGACCCACCUGGCGGCCAACUGCCUGACCCACCUGGCGGCCAACUGCCUGACCCACCUGGCGGCCAACUGCCUGACCCACGUGGGGGCCAACUGCCUGACCCACGUGGGGGCCAACUGCCUGACCCACGUGGGGGCCAACUGCCUGACCCACGUGGGGGCCAACUGCCUGACCCACCUGGCGGCCAACUGCCUGACCCACGUGGGGGCCAACUGCCUGACCCACGUGGGGGCCAACUGCCUGACCCACGUGGGGGCCAACUGCCUGACCCACCUGGCGGCCAACUGCCUGACCCACGUGGGGGCCAACUGCCUGACCCACCUGGCGGCCAACUGCCUGACCCACCUGGCGGCCAACUGCCUGACCCACCUGGCGGCCAACUGCCUGACCCACGUGGCGGCCAACUGCCUGACCCACGUGGGGGCCAACUGCCUGACCCACGUGGGGGCCAACUGCCUGACCCACGUGGGGGCCAACUGCCUGACCCACGUGGGGGCCAACUGCCUGACCCACGUGGGGGCCAACUGCCUGACCCACGUGGGGGCCAACUGCCUGACCCACCUGGCGGCCAACUGCCUGACCCACCUGGCGGCCAACUGCCUGACCCACCUGGCGGCCAACUGCCUGACCCACGUGGCGGCCAACUGCCUGACCCACGUGGCGGCCAACUGCCUGACCCAGAGUGCAGGUAAGAGGUACAAGGGGAGGGCGGGGAGCAGGGGUGCAAGGGAUGGGUUGCACCCAGAAGCAGCAGUGGUGCAGCAAGCACGGCCAUGGACGGCGCUCGCCCUCCCUUCAUCACACCUCCACCCGCCCCACUGA